AGCAAGAUUACAAUCCAUCACCAAUACACAUUACACUAUAUUACAUUAAUCUCUUUCUUUACGUAUACGUUAUUUCAUCAUGUCUCGAUACUUCUCUUCAACCGCUCGCAGUUUUAUAAGAUGGUUAGGGUUUCCUAAGGAGAGUCUAACUGAUGGAUUCAAGGAAGCUGUUGAGUUCUACUCUGAGAACGGUGCCAGGAAGAAAGUUGGCGAGAUCGAGUCUAUCGAGAUCUUACAUCGGAACGAUGGUUCAAGUCCGAUCCACCAAUCUCAUUACAACCGGAAUGAUCGAGAAUAUAUCAUCAGUGCUCGAAUCACUCCAGCCGAUGGGACCAGACCCAAGACUCACCAUAUAUACCAGAAUGGAACAGGAACCUUUAGAGUGGGUGACCAGCGAGAGUACUCGACUCACAGAGAGUAGCCUGUGAAGACAAGAGACCUUACGAAGAGGUCACAGAAGGAUUCCCUGUACUGGAAGAAUGUAUUUAUUGAUUGCAAGAGGAGAAGACAAUUGACAU